AUGUCUUUUUCUUUGGUAGAAAGACUCACACCCGAGGAGUUUCAGAUUCUGGAGCAGGAGGAAAUCAUUGGCGCUUCCAUUGACGGGAAGAGAAAAGUUUCCGUGGGACGGUUGAAUCAAGAGAACGGCGAUGGAAGUGCUCCAUCUUCUUUGAGUUCUGGAUCCAUAGCUUCAAUCCGAGUCCUUCACAAAACUGUAGGAAGCCUUGAAAGUUUCGAACUUCCGGAGAGCCUCGAGUGUGUAGCACUUGUCGAGUAUCUUGGAUACACGAGAACAAAAGCUGCGGAGAUCUUCGCAAGAUGGAUUAUUCGACCAGACCAACACUCUAAUCCAUAUUCCCUCCAGGAAAAAUUACUGACCUUUAUUCUUUCUACUUACGCCCUUGUCGAGCUGUGCAAUCUCGAAAGAGCGCCUCUCAGAGAUCUCCUUGAUCGACCAACCGAGGCAAUGAGACGUAUUGGUAUUUCAGAAGAAAUGGUAGACUGUAUGAUGGCUCCAGAGCAUAAAGCUAUAUUCGAGACCGAGACACUUACUGUUUGGUUGAACAUUGCCACGCGCUCUAGAUAUGGAACUGUCAUACGAUAUCUCGAUAUCUUGAAGGCUCAAGCCAUCCGAACCAUCCAUACGAAGAAGGGCAAUAUGAGAGAAAAUAUUGACGGCAUUUUCCAGCCUGGUAAUUCCACUUCUGACACAGAUGGUACUUCAGCCACGAUUUCUGUCACCAUGAGCUUGGAGUCCAAGUUCGCAGGGCAAAUGUUCCCGCGCGAGUGUGUAACAAUUGUGCAAACUCCUCCACAAAAUCGUCCGGGAUUUGUCACUCUUUACAAAGGAAUGGGCACAGGAUACGGCUAUCAGAAGCCAAUGACGCUCAUCAAGGAAAAUGGAAAUCUCGACAUGCAACUCAUAGCAACGUACACUGGGGGAGAUUUCAACGGGCAGGAUUUAGCAUGGUAUUGGACGCGAGAGAAAGAGACUGCGGAGCAGUACCGCGAAUGGGCGGCAAAAGCGUCAAGAUUGAGAGAUUGUGGUAUGGAUAUGACUGGAAGCAGUAUCUUUGGUACUGCAAAAAAAAUGACUCGCAAUUCCGACUUGCCGGAUAACUUGCGCAAGUAUGCCACCGCCGAUGUCAUGGAGGGACACAUCUGCAAGCGCCAUCCUUCGAUUGUUCCCAAGAUUUUGGAACAAGAUAUUCAGCAUAAACUCAUGGAGGAUGAUUGCUUGGUUUUUUGCAAUGGAACGAAAUCGACACAGACGGUGUUCAUGAACUGGGAGGUAGUCGAUAGGCUUGAGCCUCUCAUUAGAGCAAAUAUGUACAUAGAAGUUCAUCUCGCUUCGGUCAAACGAAAAUAG